CAGUAAAUGAUUAUUCCUUUAUGUAAGAGUGUAGUGUGUGUAAUUUGGCCGUAGUCGUUAGCCUCGAGCUUUCUUAGGGAAAGGCGAGCCGCACACCGUUUCCUUUGUGAUAUUAUUUAGUUAUUAGAAAUUAAGCAAAAUGGAAGUUUUGCCGAUCAACAACGUUAAUUAUACCACCCAAGAUUGGGAUUAUGAUCCAUUUAUUGGGGAUAAUGACGAGUACAGUAGUGAUUUAUCAGCAAGGUUGGAAGCCGAAUUAAGGGCGGCCAAAAGCACUCACUUAUCCUGUGGGGAGGUCCUUUUACCGUGCGGAUUAUUGCAACGGAUAUCUCGCGAUAUUCUUGCGAUGGCCGAUUCGGAGCCUUGCGGUUUGAGAGGAUGUACCUUGUAUCUGAAUUUCGAAGGUGAACAAGAUUGUAGAAGAUUGAGCAUCGUAAAAUGUGAUCCAUCGACCGCUUCCACUUUCGAAUUAUAUCUCACCCUCAAACAAACUUCAGCCGGUUGGAAUUCUUUCCUGCCGCAAUUUCUCAAAAAAAUUACCAGAGGCAGCACUGUGAUGAUCAGCACCGAGUACGAACUUAGCAAGAACAAAUUGUAUCGCUCUUACAUCGAUUAAUCAUCUUCAAGACUGAACAUGUACGUAAUCUGACAACUAAAACACACACAAAAAAUUUAUGGUAACAGUUGUAGGAUUUUUAGUUUUAUAUUUUUAUAUAUAAUGGAAAGAAUAUUUUACAAGUAUAAGCGAAGCGUGAUGUAGUGUGUAGUUUGUACAAAUUAACAGUAUUCGUUUCAAACCUUGUUUCGAGGGUCUUUUUUAUAUAUAUUGUUGAUAGGAUUUUUUAAGUCCGUGAUAUAUCCAGUGAUAUAUGUAUUAUAAUAAUGCAUAAUCCCCACAAAAUAUAUUUCGCUGAUAUUUUUGUACCUGUGCGCUUAAAAACAAGUUCGCCAAAUUAAAAAGUGGCGGACUUGUUUUCAAAGUUCUUUUUUUAAUAUUAGGCGAGGGAGUUGUAAAAGUUUCAGUUAUCCUUGUGAUAUUAAGUUUUAAAAUACUUAAACCUUCUUCAGUAAUGUGAUUAUCGUAAGUCAUGGUUUUCAAUCAGCAGGUCGAUCGUUAAUUUUGCAGUUUAAUGUUUUUUCGUAAUAUCGUAGAG